CCGACCCAUCACAGCCAUGCUAGGGCUUGUUGAGUGUUACUCAGCAAGCGUACAGAUGAGACACUAACUUAAUGAUGGACUAAUCCUCGGCAUUUUGUUUUUCCGAUCACUAUUAAAUCGUUUUGAGCAGAUACCGACCUGGAAUUCUGAGAGUAUUACGGUUAUUUUGGGAUAUUACUGAUCUGAAGUAGCUAGCCGAGAGCUACUUUGGCUUUGACCACUGCGGCCAGGUGGAGUUUCAGUAUGCAGCUGUACUGAGGAUGCUGGCUGUCUUCGCUUUGCUCAUGAUGGCUACGACCGGUGAAGCGGAGUUCUGCCAAGGCUCUGAGAACUGCUCCAGCCCCAAUGGCUCAAAGGACUUUUGCUUUUCGGCCCGGAUCCGCAGCACCGUGCUCCAGGGCCUGCCCUUCGGAGGAGUGCCCACCGUACUUGCCCUUGACUUCAUGUGCUUCUUGGUGCUGCUAUGUGUGUUCUCUGUCUUGAGGAAGGUGGCGUUUGAUUAUGGCCGUCUUGCGUUGGUCUCUGAUGCCGACAGCCGUAGGUGGAAUCAGCACUAUCAACGUCUGGACGAGCAGGAAUAUGUGGCCUCCGCCAUGCAGACGCCUGCUGACUCCCGAUACGAGCGUCUCACCUCUGUGUCCAGCUCGGUCGACUUUGACCAAAGGGACAACGGCUUCUGUGCCUGGCUAACUGCCAUCUUCAGGAUAAAAGAUGACGAGAUCAGGGAGAAGUGUGGUGAGGAUUCCGUGCACUACCUCUCAUUCCAGCGGCACAUCAUUGGUCUGUUGGUAGUGGUGGGCGUGCUCUCCGUGGGCAUUGUCCUGCCCGUCAACUUCUCAGGAGACCUAUUAGAAGAUAAUGCCUAUAGUUUUGGGCGAACUACAAUAGCCAACUUAAAAUCUGGUAAUAACCUGCUGUGGCUGCACACUACAUUUGCCUUCUUCUAUCUGUUACUGACUGUGUACAGCAUGAGAAGACACACAUCAAAGAUGCACUACAAAGAGGACGACUUGGUAAAACGCACUUUAUUCAUUAACGAGAUCGCAAAAUAUGCAGAAGAGAGUCAAAUAAAGCAGCAUUUCGACAUCCUGAAAGAUUUUAACGCGUGUCAGUGUCAUGGCUGUCACUGUCGACGAGAGCCAAAGUGCUCCCCCUUCAGCAGCCUCCUCAACACAAACAACUGGACAGUCACAUACGCUCCAGAUCCACAGAAUGUUUACUGGGAGCAUUUGUCCACUGGUGGCCUCAACUGGUGGCUCCGCUGCUUUGUCAUCAACUGCUUUCUCUUCAUCUUGCUCUUCUUCCUCACCACCCCUGCCAUCAUCAUCUCUACCAUGGACAAGUUCAACGUCACCAAACCCGUGGAGUACCUGAAUAACCCCAUCAUCACUCAGUUCUUCCCCACCCUGCUGUUGUGGUGCUUCUCGGCUCUUCUCCCCACCAUCGUCUACUACUCCGCCUUCUUUGAGGCCCACUGGACACGAUCUGGAGAGAACAGAACCACCAUGCACAAAUGCUACACCUUCCUCAUCUUUAUGGUUCUGCUGCUGCCAUCUCUGGGACUGAGCAGUUUGGAUGUUUUCUUCCGCUGGCUCUUUGACAAGAAAUUCCUCGACGAGGCAAAAGUCCGAUUCGAGUGUGUCUUCCUUCCAGAUAAUGGAGCUUUCUUUGUGAACUAUGUCAUCGCGUCUGCCUUCAUUGGUAAUGCCAUGGAACUGUUACGCAUUCCUUAUUUCCUUAUGUACAUGAUCCGGCUGUGUCUGGCACGUUCAGCUGCCGAGAGGCGCAACGUGAAGAAGCAUCAAGCUUAUGAGUUCCAGUUUGGAGCUGCUUACGCCUGGAUGAUGAAUGUCUUUACUGUGGUCAUGACCUACAGCAUCACCUGUCCAAUUAUCGUACCAUUUGGACUGAUGUACAUGCUACUGAAGCACCUGGUGGACAGGUAUAACAUGUAUUAUGCCUACCUGCCCUCCAAACUGGAUAAGAAAAUCCACUCUGGAGCUGUCAACCAGGUGGUGGCAGCACCCAUCCUCUGCCUUUUCUGGCUGCUCUUCUUCUCUACUGUCCGUACAGGUUUUGUUGCUCCAACAUCAAUGUUUACCUUUGUGGUUCUGAUCAUCACCAUCAUCAUUUGCCUUUCCCACGUCGUCUUCGGUCAUUUCAAAUACCUCAGUGCGCACAAUUACAAGAUCGACAUGGACGGUGUGGACAAUGGACGACCACCGGAUUCAUCUCCACCUGUCAAGUCUGUGCAGACGUACGUCGCCCAAGUGCUACAGGACCCAAACACAGACGAGACAGGAAGUGGCGAGGACGAGGGGCAGGGGUCGUCGCAGGAUGAGGAGGUGGUAAACGAGGGUGAUUUCCAAUCAGGAGAGGACAGCCUUAUUGAGAACGAGGUGCACCAGUGACACAGGCAGGGCCACGCCAGGUGCUAAACUUAGAGAAACUAGCAGGACUUCAACAUGCACUGCACCUCACCACACUUACUGAGCUUGUGAAUCCAUCACAGCUGACAGCUAUAACACUCAUUUAUCAUUGAGGCUUGGAGACAGGAUGGCCAAUUGACAAGAAUAUAGAUGGCUUGUGAUUGUACUCCAACUAUUAGAAACUGAGUUUCAUAAUUCUUCUUUACAUUGGUUACCCUGUUCGCAUGACGUUUCUUGCCGUUACAAGCGCAUGUCUAGUAAACAAAAAUUUGAAUUGACCUAUGUUAUGAUGAAGUAAAACCGCUAUAGCGCUAUCUCAGGUGGGCAGGAAAAUUGUAUAUUAGGGUGGAUAUCACAAAGACGCAUAAAGGUCAGAUUUCACUUCCAAAUCUUUUGCAUAAAGAAAAUAUUGAAAAAUUUCUUAGGAAAUGAGUUACAUAGGAUAAUGGUCAACUAAACAGUUUGGUGAGAGUUCAAACAAAAAUAGAUAUCUAUGAAUUAACCAAUCAGAAUCAAGUAUUUCAGACAGCCAUGUGAUCAUUUACAAU